UUUAAUUAAUUUUGAUUGAGGAACUUUUAAUUAAAACCUAGCACGGUUGGCUAUGUGCAUUUAUUGACAGAUGCACAUAGGUUUUGUGUUGCUGACCGGUUUUUCAUCUUGUUUUACGAGUAAACGUCUGGAGUGAAAUAGUUUAAAAACCCUUUCACUUUCGAAUUCUUUGUUACGCACAAGGAAAUUACCCCUGACGCUUUGUCAAUCGUCUUCGUUAUUUUGGAAAACUUACACACAUACACUAUAGAAUAUUUAUAGAUUAUAGUUUAUCGAUUUUAAUAGACGAUGGCUCUUUUCGAUGUAAGUGGUUUUAAGUCUUAUUCUGAACUCCGUGGGCGCAUUCUUCCAGCGGGACAGACGCCGCUCGUCGACCGAACCAACCACUACACUUUUGGGACCAAAACUCAAGAAUUUUCUGUACCUCUGGGAGUAGACCCCUCAGGGUUUCUCAAGUCCUGUAAUGGAGGUGAUGGAGGUGUGUGCAUUGACCUGAACCACGGUACGACCACCCUGGCCUUCAAGUUCAGACAUGGAGUGAUCGUGGCUGUGGACUCCAGAGCUUCAGCUGGACGGUACUUGGCAUCCAACGACGUCAACAAGGUCAUCGAGAUCAACCCCUACCUGCUGGGCACCAUGUCGGGCAGCGCUGCAGACUGCCAGUACUGGGAGAGACUCCUGGCUAAAGAAUGCAGGCUGUACAGGCUGAGGAACAACCACAGGAUCUCUGUCGCUGCUGCGUCGAAGCUGCUGUCCAACAUGAUGCUGGGUUACAGAGGCAUGGGCCUCUCCAUGGGCAGCAUGAUCUGUGGAUGGGACAAAGAGGGCCCUGGUCUGUACUACGUGGAUGAUAAUGCGACGCGUCUGUCUGGCCGUAUGUUCUCUACCGGCUGUGGGAACAGUUACGCCUACGGUGUGGUGGACAGCGGCUACAGGGAAGACAUGACAGUAGAGGAGGCGUAUGAACUGGGCCGCCGGGGCAUUGCUCACGCUACACACAGGGACGCCUACUCUGGGGGGGUGGUCAACAUGUACCAUAUGCAGGAGGACGGCUGGAUAAAGGUGUGUAAGGAAGACGUGUCAGAGUUGAUCCAUCGCUACAGGAAGGGAAUGUUCUGAGUUCGACCUAAACCUGGAUCAACCUCAACACUCUGGCAACGGUCCAAUCACAGGCUUUAGUUUCACAAUGAUGCCACUUUUUUAAUUUUGAUUAAGAAACUAAAACCUUGUUUUACAGCAGAGAGUGUGAGGUAGUGUGUGGUCCUUUUCUGAUGUUGGAUGAAUGAAAUGUCAUUUAAAGCACGAAUAACAGAACAGAAAAAUGUGUUACCCCACAUAUGAACGUGAACAGAACAGGGUCAAAUUGUCAUCAUUAAAUUGUGAAGAUCUUUUGUUUGGUCAUUGUUCUUUGCAUUUCGCGUGUUAGUACAAGUUGAUACUAUAGCUCUCCAAGCUUGGAUCACUGUAGUAUUUUAUGAUUUGUAUUAACCAGACAUCCUGUUGAAAUAAUUUUACCAAUAAAUAAUAAAACACAACACACA